AUGAUCAAUCCUUCUGCCUCGACGACCUCUGCUGCCACUCUUGUUGCAUCCUCAUCGUCAUCUUUGUUUGUUCCGAACUGCUGCAGCAGCAGAAGCAACAACAACAACACGACACGAGUCGGCUCCUACACCACCACCAACAACAACACCAACAGCAAUUCUCAUAACGGCCAACAUAAUGCUUCUUCUUUCUUAAGCUCCAAAAAUAAUUUCAUCGAUGCUGAAGGAGGAAACUCUCUGUUGGCGCCUUCAGUCUUGGCUCAUGAGAAUGCGAACAACCCUCAUCUUGAUCCUCACAUCAAGCAACAACAACGACUCCCUCCACAUCGAUGGAGCCAUGAGGAUUUGAGUUACUUUUUCAAUCAUCAAGCGCUACAGACGGUUCAGCAUCAUCCUCAACCAAAGAUACCCACUUCGGGAGGAGGAGAUGAUGCACCAAGAUCUUCCUUUGGGAGUGUUGGUGAUUCUUCUUCUUCUUCCAAUUUAAUUCCUUGUACAAACUCAACUACUACCACACGAAAUAGACUUCUCUCCUUUUCAUGGUUCGAGUCGAGCACUUCUCAUCAUCGGAAAGAACAAUUAGAAAAGACUCACCUUGAAACACCCAUCUUGGAAAAAUCAACCUCUUCACCACAACUUGUACUCUCUCCGAAUUUUGGAGGACGUAAGAAGAAAGCUACCACUCUUAUUGCCUCGUGUGUGGUAUGCUCGUUGAGUACGAGCAUCUUUCUUAUGGCCAUGAUUACCUUCUUGCUCUCAAAUUUGUUUAUGCAUCCGGUGGCGUACAUGGCAGUCUCUUCCAAGCAACACAUCUUGAUGAGCAAGGAUGGAGAUACCUAUCGCAAGAUUACUCACUCCUCAAACAUCCCAGAAGAAUUGAUGCAAUUUCCCGAUAAUACGAUUAUGGGAAAUAGUGAUGAAGACAAUCAACAGUUGGGAUCCCAUCGUAGCACUGCAGGAGGAGUGGGCGUUGGUUUAGUACACAGUGGAAACCGAUUGAUUGAUGUCUCACGUUUUCACUUGUUGAAAUCUGAUCAUCAUCAUACAGUUGUAGGAUCCAAUCUUGAUGGAAACAUCAACAAACAAGAGCCUUCUUCGCUCUCUCAGUCAUCCACCAUCACCCUUGCUUCUCAUUCAUUGCCACAACUCUCAUCUCUUCCAAAUUCUCAUAUUGAGGUGCAUCCUCCAUUUGCGAAUUUGGAACAUGAGAAGGGAAUGAAAGGAAGCCACAGAGAACGCUUAAUUGAUUACAUUAAGGCUUUACCUUACAAGCAUGAUCCUUGGAUUGAUUUCAAACUACCCUACAAGAAUGUCACAUUUUCAUCUGUUUUUGACGACUCCAUGAAAUUAAGAUCUUGGUAUAUUCCUGCGUCGAAUAUUGAGUCGAAUAAGGCUGUCAUACUCGUUCACGGCGCAUUCUAUGAUCGAAGAGAUGUCAUGGAACAUAUUCCGUAUAUUCACAAGUUAGGAGUUCAUAUUCUUCUCUUUGAUAUGAUUAAUCAUGGUGUAAGUGAUGGUGACAACGGUUGUGCUUUGGCAUGCCGUGAAUGGAUGGGUGUGAUUGGAGCUGUCGAUUAUUUGGAGGGAAUUAUACCCAACCUAGAGGUUGCUAUAUUUGGAACUUCUACGGGUGGAGCUUCAUCCAUUAUUGCAGCCUCUCAAGAUCCGAGAAUUAAGGCAGUGAUUGCAGAAAACCCUUUCGCCGAUCGUAUCUUGCAAAUUAGAGACGUUUUGGAAGUAGCCUUGUACAAGAAUGGUUGGAGUCAUCAAUUACCAAAAUUCAUGUCUUCAGUUAUUGAGCUCAUUGGCAAUUAUAUCCCUUCAUCAUUUAUUAAGGUUGUAUCAGUACUAGUCAAUUGGAGAAUGUGUGAUUUUAGAAUGGGCAAUCAUUAUCACGCAGUCGACGCUGUCAAAGAAAUGACACAGCCCAUGUUAUUGAUUCAUUCAAAGACCGAUAAGGUUGUUCAUUUUAAGCAUUCAGAAAUUAUUCGAAGCGCUGCUACUGGUCAUGUAGAGUUUUGGGUUGUCGAAGAUGCAUCUCAUUCGGAAAUUCAUAGACAUUUGCAAAAUGACUUUGAACAAAGAGUGAUUGCCUUCCUCCAAAAACAUCUAUUUGGAAACCAAAACAGCAAGCCAACUGUGACUUAG